GUAUAACAUAGGCCUAGACAGUAUCACGCAACAAAGCUACAUGUGCAAAUAAAAAAUUCAAGCGGCAUGCAGGGACAGGUCCGUUUUGGCAGCAUGCGAAACCGAUCCCGGGGAGGGGGAUGGCCGGGCAAGGUUCCGGCUGGAGGGAGGGGAGGUAAAAGGGAGGAUACACCGGGAAAGAAAGGAACAAAACGAGGAGAAGAAGACGCGUACAUGCAACGUAUUCGAAGUCGAGCCAACAUAGAACCUUCGAGUGAGGAGGAGGAGGAGGAGGAGUCCUUGGAGAGGGUGUCCUGGCACGAGAAGGAAGCGGGAAUGCCGGUGGAGGAACGGGGGGAGCACGUCGGGAAGGGACAUGAAUCAGAGACCACCACCUCCUCCUCGACCGACGACAGUGACGCCAGCUCAGACAGGGACGGGGAGGGAGAUGAAAGAGAUGAACAGGUACGGUCCACCUUGAAAAGCUUGCCGAUGGCGGAACGCCUGGUGUUGCUGGCUUCAGGGGCCCACGGCGGGGGAAGACGGCGACAACUUCGCGUGGAGACAGUCCAGGAGUGCAACGACGACAAGGGAAAGGAAGAACAGCCAGAGCGUUCCAAAGGACACAACAAACAUGCGCCCAAAGAAGUUUCUUCCAAGAAGCCCGUGAGCAGGCUUCGGCCGGUCUUCCCAUCGGGACCUGUGGGGGGCUCGCAAGGAAAAGCCGCACGUCGGAAAGCCCGAGACCCGCGCUUCGACCCGGCGUUGGGGAAAGUCAAUUACGAGGCCUUUCGAAAGGCGUACGGGUUCUUGGAGGAGUACGAAGCCCGGGAGAUUCAAACCUUGCAGACGGCGUUGGGGAAAGGCAAGGGGGUAGGCACCAGGAGAGAGCAGCAGCAGACCCGGCGGGAAGGGAGGGGGAGGGAAGAGGAGGUGAAGGAGGCCUUGGCCAAGUUGGUGCAACGACGCCGGGAGCGGGAAGGUUUCGAGAGAAAGGAGUCUGUCUUGCAGGAGCGGAAGCGGGCGGAGCGCAGUAAAGUCUCCGCUGGGAAGGAACCCUUUUAUUUGAAAAAGAAAGAGAAACGACGGUUGGAGUUAGAGGACCGGUACGAGCGCUUGGCCAAGGAGGGGAAAUUGAAGGCGGUGUUGGAGAAGAAAAGGAAGAGGAAUGCGGCGAAGGACCACAGGUGGUUGCCUAGGAGCCGGCGGGAGGGGGAGG